CCUCCUCCUCCUAUUUAAAAUGCUGAAAUCCGAUGGUGAAAGAGACGAACGUCUAGUUAGUGCGUGUUCAAAGAUGUGGGCAAGUUCAGAAGGUGGAGCUCCUGAGGUUACUCUAGCAACUUCCAUGGGAUCUUUCACUGUUGAGCUGUAUUUCAAGCACACACCAAAAACCUGCAGAAACUUCCUUGAACUAUCUCGUAGGAACUAUUACGAUAAUGUGAAAUUCCACCGAAUUAUCAAGGAUUUUAUAGUGCAAGGAGGAGAUCCAACAGGAACUGGAAGAGGAGGAGAGUCCAUAUAUGGAUCAAAGUUUGAGGAUGAGAUAAGGCCUGAGUUGAAGCAUACAGGAGCUGGAAUUAUAUCCAUGGCAAAUGCUGGUCCGAAUACCAAUGGAAGCCAAUUCUUCAUCACUUUGGCCCCAGCUCCUUCUCUAGAUGGAAAACAUACAAUUUUCGGUAGAGUAUGUAGAGGAAUGGAAGUGAUCAAAAGGCUUGGUAGCGUCCAAACUGACAACAAUGAUAGGCCUAUUCAUGAUGUGAAGAUAUUACGGACAUCAGUCAAAGAUUAAUGUUGGAGGGUUCUCUGAGGGCAGACAUUCUAUUUCGAACAUGUGCAAACCUCUAGCAAAGCUUUCGUUGAGUACACUUGUAUUGAGAAACAGGAUUGAUAUAUGUAAUGGUACUUGUAUUGCAUUUUUAGGCAGAAGAGGAACAAUGGAGGGAAUCAUCUGGACUUUUCCAGAUUGUGUACUUCAUAUUAUUUUCCUCCACAAAAUGCUUCCUGCUGAUGUUACUGCCAAAAAAGUUGUCCACCGUGCAGUUUUGUGUUUUAUUAAUUAUCGCACUCUUCCAAUUUAAGAAAUAGGAUCCCCAGUCCCAGAUUAGAUUAA